AUGUCUUUUAAUCUGAUGAUAGACGACUGCGGUCUAGUUGAUUUUCCAACUCAUGGCAACAAAUUAUCAUGGCGGGGAAAGAGAUGGGGAAAAAUUGUACGGUGCCGUUUAGAUAGGGCUUUGGCCACAGAGGAUUGGCAUGACCUCUUUCCCAAGUCACAUGUGGAAUAUCUAAAAAUGGUAGGAUCGGAUCACCGACCGAUCCUGGCAACCAUAGAUAAUAAGAUCCCUAAAGCGCGGCGGCAAUUCCGAUUUGAUAAACGAUGGAUUGGACAAGAUGGAUUUUCGGAGGCAAUUAAACGAGGUUGGUUGGAGAAUCAAACAAAUGCGGAAUCAAAUGUAGUGGAUAUGAUCCGUAAAUGCCGUCAUGAAAUUUCUCGAUGGCGGCACGAAAAUAAACCAUAUGGAAAGGAAAAAAUAGCGGAACUACAGAAAGCUCUUGAAGAAAUUCAAAAUGAUGAUCUUCGAACCCAGGAAGAUCUGGAUGAAAUCACACAAAAAUUGAAGGAAGCUUACCGAGAUGAGGAACAAUACUGGAAGCAAAAAAGCCGUAAUCUCUGGCUUAAGGAUGGGGAUUUAAAUACAAAAUUUUAUCAUGCAACCACGAAACAGAGAAGAGCGAUAAACAGGAUGGUCGGUUUACAUGAUAAGACGGAUAACUGGGUUACCGGGGAAAAAGAGAUGGAAAAGGUGGCGGUUGAUUAUUUCUCGGAUUUAUUUACGACUACUUCCCCAGAUGAUUUCACGGACAUACUUGAAGGUAUUCCAGCGGUGAUCACGGAAACCGACAAUGCACUGCUAAUGCGCCCAGCGUCGGAAGAGGAAGUGCGGGCGGCUCUGUUUCUGAUGAACCCGGAGAAAGCUCCCGGACCGGACGGGAUGACGGCCUUAUUUUUUCAAAAAUCAUGGCCGUUAAUAAAAACGGAUAUUUUGGGGCUUAUUAAUGAUUUCUUGAUAACGGGAGCCUUUGAUGACAGAUUAAAUUUGACGAACAUCUGCUUAAUCCCAAAGACAGAGCGUCCUACCCGGAUGACGGAACUGCGCCCAAUUAGUCUAUGUAAUGUGGGCUAUAAAAUUAUCUCUAAAGUAUUAUGUGAGAGGUUGAAAACGGUACUAUCCCAGCUAAUUUCGGAGACCCAGUCAGCUUUUGUCCCAGGGAGACUGAUCUCGGACAAUAUUCUGAUAGCACAAGAAAUGUUUCAUGGCCUAAGGACAAACAAGUCUUGUAAGGGAAAGUAUAUGGCGGUAAAAACUGAUAUGAGCAAAGCGUAUGAUCGAGUUGAGUGGCAAUUUGUUGAAGCCACAAUGCGGAAGAUGGGAUUCGGAGAACGAUGGAUCGGGUGGAUCAUGAAAUGCAUAAAGUCGGUUGUGUAUAAAGUACUCAUCAACGGGCAACCACGGGGAAAAAUAACUCCGAAUAGGGGCUACGUCAGGGAGAUCCUUUAUCUCCCUACAUUUUUAUUCUCUGUACAGAAGUUUUGA